AUGGACCUGCUGAGUAAACCUGAACUUUUGGAGUGCACGGACACAGCUAACUUACCAAAAGACCACCUGUACUAUGUCGGAGAGAGGAAGAAAAUACCUGGUCUGUUAGAUCACGAGACAGAUGGGCAAACAAUCACAGAAUUUUGUGCAUUACGUACCAAAUCUUAUGCUUAUAAGAUUGACGGUAAAAAAAAGAUCAAAACGAAAGGCGUUCAUAAUCAUGUAGUCAAAAACCAUAUGACAUUCAAAGACCAUAAGCGGUGUUUGUUCAACGACAGCAUGGUAUACGCGGGAAAAAAAUCGAAAACGAAAUACUUUUCCCACACGUUAUUACACCCCCUCCGCCGGUCCUUUAUUAGAGCAUUUUGAUCAUUCGGUGUAUGCCUCUGAUAAACAUUAAUGUUAUCGAAACGGGCGAUUUCCGCAGAAGUCCCAUUUCCAAGUAAUCAGUUCUCAAUAUUCCUUAUCGCGCGCCCGAGACGACAUCGUCUCGUUAAAGGUCUCACCGUCUCGGCCAGUGAAUCUACGAUAACGAGCGUUCCGGUCGUUCGUUCAUACAUUUCGCUUUUGGAAUUCAUUACAAGUACGUAUUGGUUUACUACAUUAAUUAUUGUACAAAUGCAACGGUGUCGGCUACACGGAUAAAUACGUUUUGAUUUAAUUCCUUUACGAGUUCUGACCGAAACUUGACGCGAGUCGCGACGGUUUUCGAAUAAAACUGAUAGCAUUGUAAAUAGCAUUUUUAUCGUUAUUGAUUUUGUUGGGUUUUUUUUUUUUUUUUUAUUAGGCCGCGUACAUAUGCGGCGAGCGGUAAAGUGCGUACGUCUAACGGCUUACGGUGCGCGUUGUCUGCGAUAUUUAGCUGUCCUCAAAAUGUCGGCGUAUUUUAUUGCUACGAAAUUCAUUGUUUCGAAAACGCUUUUUAAGGUAUAAAAAAAAAAAAAUAAAUAAAAGGAUUGGAGUUCACGAAACGAACGGAAAAACGAAAAACACUUGGCGAAUUUUCGCACAUUUAUAGUGAACUGAGAAGAGAGGAUCGGAGAAGGUUUUUUUUUUUUCCCCCACAUUUUGUUCGUUUUAUCCUUUUUUUUUUCGUAGUCGGAAUGUCGAUCACUCCACAAGGGAGGUCUUGAUUGGACGACUUGAAAAAAAAAAAACAGCGCAACGCUCUCCAGUGUUCACGCGGCCUUUAGCCUAUGAUGAGUGCUGUUGUCGAUAUUUUUGGGAAUGAGAAUAAUUAUUGACUAAAUAGAUAAUAAUAUAGUAUGGGCAUAAAAUAUUACCGUAUAUGUAUGUAUUGGUUUUACAACGUUUGUUUUGUUUUUUUUUUUUAUCUAUGAACAACUUUUCUACCGGACAUCUUGCUCCGGUUUUCAAGUGUAGCAUAUUUUCUAUAAGGAAAUUUUAUCUGGGUGGUCCUUAUAGGUUAUUUUUUGAUUGUCCAAGAGGUGUUCAUUAUAAACGGGAGAAAACCCGAGAAAAUUUUCGAUAUUGAUUUUCGUUGUAAUAUAAAAAAAAUGACUGCAUACACUCAUUUUUCAUUUUAUUUUUUUUACCUCAAGUUCAACUGUCAUAAUAUUUUCAUGCAUUUCUGUUUGGUCAAAUAAUUAUAUCCAUGUAUUUUAAUUUAAAAUAUUUAACACUUCGUAACUGCGUGCACUCAGACAGCGAGUAUUAAUAUUUAAAUCAGGAUAGGAAAAGGUUAAAUUAAUAAAAUUACCGAAUAAAAAAAAAAAAACUAACGUUACCUGCAAAAAUUCAGAAGGAACUAUUCGAGAGAGAUUAUCAAAAAAUGUUGGUUGCACGUACUUUUUGUGUUCCUAUUAAGUGUUGUCGACUGUGGAUCUUUCAAAGAUUUCUCGAGCGGGCGAUGAUCUAUCAGUCAAAUUGUACUGACUAAUGGUUUUGUUUAGGCUACGGCCUCCGUGUUUUAGUAUAGGUUCUAAUUUAAAAAAACCAAAAUUAUGGCAAUUGGUAUCGCUACAGACUACUCUUAAUACUCCUUAAAUGUCGUGAAAAAUCGAAUUAUUCGAAAAUGUUGGCUUUAACUACGCUAUAAGAAAUUUCAAAAACCUUAAUUUGAAUACAUCCAAAAUUUAACCAAAAAAUAGUCCAUCUAUCUAUGGAAUUUCAAAUAAAGGUAGCCAUUUGAAUUUUAAAAGUUGACCCUCGAAUACUCCCAAAAGAGCGCCGAAAAAUUUCAAGCCCACAUAUAAUUUUAGAUUACACUAAAAUUACAGAUUACAGACUUGCAUAUUUAUAGGAGAAAAUUACUGUAACAUAAAAUUCUGAUCACCCUGUAUAUAUAUAUAUAUAUAAAAUAGUGGUUGUUCUGGCGGUCAAUUUUAACUCGCCAGUACGGGGCCCAUCGUAAAUUACCCGAUUUCCCGAUGGCCCAAUCCAUCCCUGAAAAUAUAUCUGUUCCGGGGGUAAAAACUGUAUGUUGCACCGACCGGUGUACGAUCGCGCGUUGUUUGCACAAAAUUUAAACACGUCUAACUUAUAUUUAUUUAUUUUUUCAGCAUUACGGCGCAUUAUUACGGUACAAAUAUUUUUUUAGACAUCGCUCACACCUUGAACAGUCAACACUGGGAACGAAAAUGAAAGUGUACCUGUUAAUAUUUUCGAUUUGUCAUUUUUCCGUGUUGGCAUCUGGUGACAUUUUCGGUAAAGACGAUAGCUAUAAUACGUUGGAAAAUAAUUUAUUAGCAUUUAAAAUACUAUACCAUACUAUAUUAUAUACUAUUCGGAAAGUAUAAUCUCUUUAAACAUAACCUAUAAAGAAACCUAAUUUAGUUACAGGAAAUAAUUUGUUUGGAAAAUAAAAAUAUAAAAGAAUAAAUAAAUAAUAAAUAAUACAUUCGAAUUUUGGAAUCUUUAAUAUUUCAGAUUGUUAAAAUUUUAGACUGUUAUAAUAAUUCAGAAUGCUAAAAUUUCAGAAUCCUUAAAUAGAGCGUCUAUGGCUUUUCUUCUGCCAAAGAUUCGUUAUCAUUAUUAUUUUUUUAUUCCUCCGGCCGUUUCACGUCUCAUUUUUACUAGGAACAUUACCCCCCCCCCUCCUUCUAACUUAUGACUUUCCGAAUCGUUCACCCUCCCGUUUUCCUGUUAAACGACUUCCUGAGAGGCUGACAUCGUCCGACACGAUAUCAUCAGUUCAGAUUUUUAACAAAUUAUCGUUCUGAUAUAUUAUUUUUCCAAUAAAUUAAUAAAUUGAUAAUAUUAUUUAUAAAAAAAAAAAAAAUGUAAGUAAUAAAUUAUUAAUUUUAUUUAUAAAAUUAAAUUAGGAAUCUGGAAUACUGUGAACAGUGCAGCCAAUGACUUCGGUAAUACAGUGAAUAAUGGAGUCAGUGACUUUGGUAAUACCGUGAGCAAUACAGCCAAAGACUUCGGUAAUACUGUGAACAAUGCAGCGAAGGACUUCGGUAAUACUGUGAACAAGGGAAUCAACACCGUAAGUAUCGGAAUUUCAAAAAUACCCGAUGCCGUGAACAAUGGAGCCAAAGACUUCGGUAAUACCGUGAAUAAUGGGGUCAUUGACCUCGGUAAUACAAUGAACAAUGCAGCGAAGGACUUCGGUAAUACCGUGAACAAUAGAGUCAACGCUGUCGAUAUCGAAAUUUCAAAAUUUCACGGUACUGUGUAUAGUGCAAUCGACGCCGCCGGUAAUACUGUGAACAGUGUAGCUAAAGAUUUCGGGAACACUGUGAACAAUGGAGUCAAUGCCGUAGGUAACGGAAUUUCAGAAGUACCGAGACUGGUGAAUGGCGUGGUUUGUAGUGACGUUUUGACAGGUGUUCUCAUCAACUUUCUCAUCGCGUGCAAUCCGCACGCGUUCAUCACGGACACACUGGACACCGAGGACGCCGUGAUGAUGGAAUCCUGUAAAUAUGUCGAAGUCGCAUCGUUUGCGUUACCGGUGCUCGCCGAUCUCGCUACGGCACCCGUGCAAAUCGUAUGUUCAGUUUGGGCCGAAGAACGUUUGGAGUUGUAUUCGCACCUGAAAGGAAUCGAAGUGAAUAAACUAUUUCCGGCAUUAUCAAUGCUGCCUAAUACAGUUGCUGUAGACAACAACAAAUUGUUAUACGAGUUGGCCAAGAUGAACGAUCAAUAUUGCAAUGGCGAUUGCAACGUAAACGACUACGAGUUUGUCGAACCGCCGCCGUCGUCGGGUAACGACAACGGCCGAUUUAAACGGAGUAUUUCGUCGAAAGUGUUUAAGAAAGUGGCCGAGUUAAUUUCGAAAAAAUCCGAAGUCAAAAUGGUACGCAUUGUUGUUAAGAAAAACGGAGUGACGACAUCGUUAACGUUUCGCGGUUUGAAAGGGACAGCCAGUAUUAGGGGGGCGUCGGAAUUCACCGCGGGGCUUUUGAACAUUCACCGACAAAAAUCUUUGGGAUUUCAUCAAAAUGUUAACAGUCUUAUAGAUCUGUACACAAAAUAUAAAAUUAUCCCGAACACGCUCACUACAAAAUAUAUCAAGCACCCUCCGACAUCGACCGAUUUUAUGAAAAACGCAUGGGAGAACUGGUAUCGUGAAUUUUUAUUGAGAGAAAAUGGAAAUAUUCCGAACAAUUAUCUUAAGCGUCUCGUAUUUUGA